ACGGUGUCAAACAUUUAGAAACGGAGGGAGUAGUAUGUUUAUUCGCUUCAGAUGGAUGUCCCAGGUGUUAGUUACAGGAAAGGAAGUAAGCUAACAAGUCAGUUAGCUUCAGUAGCUAGGGAGGCUAGCUCCCUCUGCAUAAUUUUUAUAGUCAGUGUUGACAGGUUAUAUAUAUGUUGGCUGGCCUCCCCCCACAGACUAGUGAUCAUCAGUUGCAUCAAGCGACUAAGCUAGCUAUAUAUUGGCAGUUAAUUGAGUUGAUGGCCACUCCUCUGCUGCUCGUCGUCAAUGCCAUCCUCAUCAUGGCAAUCACAGCUUUUGCAGGUGGAGGAGGAGGAGGGAAUGGCGGCAUCCAGCUGAUCAUGGUGAACAACUGCGGCGAGUCGGUGUGGCCGGGGCUGCUGGGCACCGCGGGGCACCCGACGCCGCAGUCGGGCGGCUUCCACCUGGGCGCCGGCGAGGAGGCGGCGUUGGAGGUGCCGGCGGGGUGGUCGGGGCGCGUGUGGCCGCGGCGGGGCUGCAGCUUCGACUCCCGCGGGCGCGGCAGCUGCGCGACGGGCGACUGCGGCGGCGUGCUGCGGUGCAACGGCGCGGCGGGGGCGACUCCCGCGACGGUGGUGGAGAUGACGCUGGGGACGUCGGCGUCGGCGAUGCACUUCUACGACGUGAGCCUGGUGGACGGGUUCAACGCGCCGGUGUCGAUGGCGGCGGUGGGGGGAGGCGUGGGGUGCGGGACGGCGGCGUGCGGGGCGGACGUGAACGUGUGCUGCCCGUCGGCGCUGGAGGUGCGGGACAGGGAAGGGAGGGUGGCGGGUUGCCGGAGCGCCUGCAGGGCCAUGGGCGGCGACCGCUACUGCUGCACGGGGGACUACGCCUCGCCGUCGGCGUGCCGCCCCACCAUCUUCUCCCACCUUUUCAAGGCCAUCUGCCCUCGUGCGUACAGCUACGCCUACGACGACGCCACCAGCCUCAACCGUUGUCACGCCAAGCGCUACCUCAUCACCUUCUGCCCACCCCAACCAUCCUAACUACUCAUUCACUAAUGUACUCGUAUUCUGGAUGUAUCUUCUUCUUCCAUCAAUUAAUCAUACUACCUAUGCCUAUCUAUAUAUCAAUGCAAAUCCUACCUACUCCAUCUUUAUUACUCUCAACUGCCCGGCCGGUAUACCAGCAGAUAUAUACUCCAAGCUAGUACCAGGUACGUAGUAUCACAGCAAAAAAAAGGAUGGCACUAAAAGUGCCCGAAAUUCUAGAACCAACACCUACUAGACAAUUUGACAAUCGUGAUUUAAUUACACUGUAAGUUGCAUGUAACAACUUGUAUGUGACUUUCAAAAAUUACAUAACAUGCUAUUUCGGUGAA